AUGGAAACCAUCCUUUCUUCUUUGAAACGUACAAUAUCAGAGAGAAGCAAUUCAGAUUCGUCUGAGUCAAGUUCUCCGCAGGAAAAGCGUUCAAAGAGUUUAGCCGAGGAAGACGAGGUUCUCCAAGCCUUAAACAUGGCCGGUAACGUUAGUGAAAAACUCGAUAAAAUUCUUGGGGAACUUAAGAAACUGGAGAAACUCGAUGCAAUUGAGGCAACGUUGAAGGAUUUAACAAGCAGAUUGGGGAACGUCGAAUCAACUAUCGACAAGAUGAAAGAAGACGCACGUGCUGUGGAAAGUUCGAUCAAAGGUAUGGAUAAGAGUCUUACAUAUCUCAACAAAGAAGUUGAAGAGCUUCGUGGAACGGUAGAAGACAAGGAUAAGCAAAUAGAAUAUUUG